AAGAACUCGCAUGCAUUCUAAUUUCCCUACCCUGUGCUCCACUCUUAAUCAAUGGCGUCUUCUUCUCUAUCAACCCUUUCCAGUUGCACUUCGUCUUCUCUGUAUCCUAACUCUAAGCUCUCACGUUAUCUUUCGGCAAACUUAACCUCCAAAACAAAUGUUUCCGUUCAGUUUCUUGGAAAGAAACAGUUCCCGCUUCUCUCCUCAACCAUGAGAUUUCUCACUGUUGUCGCCGCCACGGCUCAAUCGACACCUAGAGGCAAAACCAAAAAAGUGGUUGGAAUUGUAAAAAUGAAUGUAUGGGCGGGAAAAGCAACUCCGGCGCCGCCGGUAGGUCCGGCGUUUGCUUCGAGGGGAGACGAUCAAGAAAAACAUAUGGCUAAGCGUUUCUGUAAGGAGUACAAUGCCCGAACCGCAAAUAAACUCGGUGAUAUAAUUCCUGUCGUAAUCACAGUCUACGAUGAUCAGAGCUUCACUUUUAUCCUCAAGACCCCUCCUGCUUCGUUUUUGUUGCUUAAGGCUGCAGGUGUUAAGAAAGGAUCUAAAGAUCCAAAGCAAAAUAAAGUUGGGAUGAUAACAAUAGAACAACUCCGCAAAAUUGCAGAAGAAAAGCUGCCUGAGAUGAAUUGCACAACAAUUGUAUCCGCUAUGAGAACCAUUGCAGGAACUGCGGGUAACAUGGGGAUAGACAUUGACCCUCCUCUUCUUGAACCUAAAAAGAAAGUAGCUUUGUUUGUGUUUGCUCCGAUGACGAAGAAACGAUCCAAGCUCAGGAAUCGCAACUCAACUUCUGAAUCAGAAAAUGUUGUUUCACCUCAGACUCUGCGUCGUGAUUCUUCUCCGAUUGCUAUCAAUCGUGUUUCUUCUGGAUCUAACGGUUGUAUCUCUGUCGCGACCACCGGAUAAUUGCUCCGAUUUGCUUUCGCGAUGCAAUUUCGCUGCUUUGGUAAGUCUGAAGUUUCCCAUCUCAUUUUAGAUAAACAAAUGGAUAUUUC